CCGCCCUGAGUACUUAAACGGGGCUGAUGCAACGACCUCACUUAGUCCCAAAACCUACAUCCGACUCCGGCACGUUAUCGCCGCUCCUUCUGGACGCUCCGCAGCGUCCAAAUAAAGUUGCAUCAUUGCCAGAAGAGGACUGACAAGUUUUCUCUGACGGCGGCGGUGGCCGGGUCGGACAUGAUGCCGGGACAGAUACCCGACCCUGCGAUGGCGGCGGGCUCCCUGCCCAGCCUGGGCCCGCUGGCGGGCAUCUCGGCCACCACGCUCACGGAUCAGCUCAAGCUGGCCGACUUCCGGCAGCUGGGCACCAUGCUGUCCCCGCUGCACUUCCUGGGGAGGCUGGGGAAGAGGCCGCUGGCCAUCAAGACGGAGAUGGAUGAAGAUGAAGAAAGAAGGAAACGCAGAAGGGAGAAAAACAAGGUGGCGGCAGCACGGUGCCGAAACAAAAAGAAGGAACGGACCGAUUUCCUUCAAAGGGAAUCGGAGCGUCUGGAGAUGGUGAACUCGGAGCUGAAGGCGCAGAUCGAGGAGCUGCGUCUGGAGCGGCAGCAGCUCAUGGUGAUGCUCAACCACCACCGGCCCACCUGCAUCGUGAGGACCGACAGCGUCAAGACGCCCGAGAGCGAGGCCAACCCGCUGCUGGAGCAGCUGUCCCCCGAAGCCAAGUGAAGCCCGGAAGAAGCAAGGAGUGGGGGGGCACGACACGCCCCCGACAGCCCAGACCGAGCGGCGCGUCUCACAACCAACAAGCACUCGAGCCCCGAAGACUUUUGGAGACUCUGUCCAAAGAGCUGAGGCGGCGGGGCUCCCUCAGCACCGCCACGCGAGCCGGCCCUGUCCACGGGAGGGCCGCAGAAGCCCAGCUUGGCCUCGCGUCGCCGCCCACACCCGCUGUGCCUCGUUGUCACUUCAAGCAUCUCUACGUAAAGGGACCAAUGGAGACGGCGCCCGGGAACCUCUGCCCCGAGCAGACCGCGGACCCGCCAGAGGCUCGGCGCUCUGCAGCUCUCCUACGUAUGCUAGCCGAAAUAUACCGGUGUAGAGUUCUUAGGAUAAAAUACUCAAUACGAAUACACCAGGAGUAGUGUGCGAGUUUCUGUUUUGUUUUUGUUUGUUUUUUUAAGGUUGGUUUCUAUACUCUGCCUGGACGAUGGCAGUUAGCGGUUGAUCCGAUCUGUGGUGACGCUGGCGUCAUGAAAAAAGCACAUAUACACAAAAAGAUGUUUACACGAGUCGUCUGUCCAUUAUUGUACCUGUUUUUAUACUGCUUUGUAUACAUAAACAUAUAUAUGAACUGCC